UUUCCCUCCCGCAACUCUCCCGCCAAAAAGGUUGCGGAUAAACAAAUCAAAUCUCGUCGGAAAUUUGACGAACACUCGGUGGCCAAGUUUGAAAUCACCUUCACCACCGUCGAGAUGUACGGGGCUCAGGGAGAGAGCGCGAACGAUAAAUACGGUUCGAUCAAUACAAGCAACAUUGGCUCGAUCGUGCCCGUUUAUAUCACCGAAAACGAGUACUCCAAGGACGAAGAGAAGCUGAUUUUUGAGCUCAUUCGGUUCUUCUCCGCUCCUCCAGGGCAAGAUCUUGCUCACCAGGUGAAGGAUGAUUCUAGUUCCUUCUGUUUGCCUCUUGAUUUCCAAAAAUUUCGAAAGUUAUGUGAUAUAGAAGAAUUCUAUGCGAAAUUGGCAGAUAAACCUAAAAUAGCUCUCUCCUGCAUGAGUGCCGCAGUUCACCAGGUUCUCUUAAGCAGUUCGGAUUUCAGCUUGGAGGAAGGAAUGAAGAUAAAUAUUCGUCUCCACAACUACCCUGAGUCCGUGAUUGUUUUGAAGAACUUAAAGGCUGCUUAUAUUGACAAGCUUGUAUCUGUGCACGGUACAGUUGUAAAAGCUAGCACUGUCAAGCCUCUAGUGAUAAAAAUGAAUUUUGCCUGUGAAAAGUGCACAACCGAGAUCCCUCGUAUGUUUCCUGAUGGAAAAUUUUCACCUCCAUCGACUUGCACUUUACAUGGCUGCAAGAGCAGAACAUUCAAACCAAUUCGAUCUUCAGCUCAAGCAAUAGAUUUUCAGAAAAUAAGGCUACAGGAGCUGCUCAAGUUUGAAGAACAUGAAGAAGGUCGUGUUCCUCGAACGGUAGAAUGUGAAUUGACCGAAGAUCUUGUUGAUUUGUGCAUUCCUGGAGAUGUAGUAACAGUCACUGGAAUCAUAAGAGUUAUCAAUAAUUACAUGGAUAUUGGAGGAGGAAAAUCAAAAAGCAGAAAUCAAGGAUUCUACUAUUUGUACAUAGAAGCAGUUUCUAUAAAAAAUUCUAAGUCACAGUCUGUGCCUGAGGACUUGCAAGACUCCAAUAGUAAUGCUAGAGCAACAGAGCUGGUUGAUUUGUUCUCAUUCUCUCCAAGGGAUUUGGAAUUCAUUGUGAAGUUUUCAGAAGAACAUGGUUCAUAUGUCUUUCGGCAAAUACUUCAAUCCAUAUGUCCAUCAAUUUAUGGGCAUGAGCUUGUUAAAGCUGGAAUAACUUUGGCAUUGUUUGGUGGUGUACGGAAACAUUCAAUGGAUCGGAAUAAGGUCCCAGUCAGAGGAGACAUCCAUGUCAUUGUUGUCGGUGACCCUGGUCUGGGAAAGAGCCAAUUACUGCAAGCAGCAGCUGCUGUUUCCCCACGUGGCAUAUAUGUCUGCGGUAAUGCUACUACCAAUGCUGGUCUCACUGUAGCUGUAGUGAAGGACACCAUGACAAGUGAUUAUGCUUUUGAGGCUGGUGCCAUGGUACUUGCAGACCGUGGAUUGUGCUGUAUUGAUGAGUUUGAUAAGAUGACUGCUGAACAUCAGGCUCUACUGGAAGCAAUGGAACAACAGUGUGUUUCUGUUGCAAAAGCUGGACUAGUAGCAAGUUUAUCUGCUCGAACAUCUGUCUUAGCAGCGGCAAAUCCUGUUGGUGGUCAUUAUAACCGUGCAAAAACAGUCAAUGAAAAUUUGAAAAUGAGUGCAGCUUUGCUCUCACGAUUUGAUUUGGUUUUCAUAUUGCUUGAUAAACCUGAUGAGUUGCAGGACAAGCGACUCUCGGAGCACAUAAUGUCACUUCAUGCUGGAUAUGGAGAAAAUUCACCGGCAGUGAAAAAGCCACGUAUAGGUAAAGCAUCACAAAAUGUUGAAGGGAUAGGUAUGAGUGCGAAAGGAAGUUCUUUAGUUUCAAGGCUGAGACUUGACCCCAAGAAGGAUGCUGAUUUUGUUCCAUUGCCUGGUCCACUCCUUCGUAAAUAUAUUGCUUAUGCAAGAACCUAUGUCUCCCCCAGGAUGUCAAAACCAGCUGCAGAAAUCCUGCAAAAAUUCUACUUACAACUUAGGGACCGUAGUACAUCUGGUGAUGGUACACCUAUAACAGCAAGACAGCUAGAGAGUCUGGUGAGACUGGCAGAAGCCCGAGCACGAGUGGAGUUGAGAGAAGAAAUAACAACCCAAGAUGCCAGGGAUGCAGUUGAAAUAAUGAAAGAAUCCCUGUAUGAUAAGUAUGUUAAUGAGCAUGGUUUUGUGGAUUUUGGUCGAAGUGGGGGGAUGAGUCAACAAAAAGAAGCAAAGCGCUUUUUAAGUGCUCUGAACAAGCAGUCGGAGUUGCAGCAGAAAGAUUGCUUCUCCAUUUCUGAAAUAUACAGUUUGGCAGAUAGAAUUGGCUUAAGGGUUGCUGAUAUUGACACAUUAGUGGAUAACUUAAACAGUGUAGGUUAUCUUCUGAAGAAGGGGCCGAAGACAUACCAGGUAUUAUCAUCUUCCUAUUCACGGAGUCAACCAUCAAGAUCAAGAUGCUAAAUGCCAUCAUAAUGGAACAGGUAGGCUCCAGUUACACUUUCUGUGAAAUUCUAUUAUGCUUCAAGAUGCUUGAACAUGAGAAAGUGGGGGAAGGCUUCUGACCAUUUUACUAAAAUGCACUGGGUGUAACAAUAUGACCUAUGGACAGUUUCAUUGCUGUUAUGUAUACUAGAACUACUUACUGUAAGUCUGUAAGUAACUGGAAUUGUGUGCUAACAGAAGUUUAGCUUCAGCAUUAGUAGGAAUCA